AUGACCGCAGAAGAGGGCCUCAAGGACUUUUGUAUUGUUGUGUCAACAAAAGUGGCAGGCGCCGCUUGCCAGCUUGCGCACUCGCUGUUGUCGCAGAACCGCGCUCCACAACCAUCAGCACCACGCAUCCUUGGCAAUCUUGGUGCGAUACUUGGAGGAAUCGCGCAUGAUCUCAAAAUUGGGAUCAGACAAGACAAAGUAUCUCAGAGCACAGGUUUCACAAAUUCUUGA